AGCAUGGCGAGAGACAUGGCGAGCAGGCAAGAAUCGCCAGCAGCGGCGGCCGACUGGGACUACGAGUGGGUCCACGGCGACGGCGGAUAUCUCCUCCGCCUCAACCUCCCAGGGUUGAAGAAGGAGGAGUUCCGGGUGCACGUCGACGCCGCCGGCCGGCUUGACAUCCUCGGCCCCUCAACGGCGGAUGGAGGAGCCGGGAAGAUGCGGCUGCACCAGGUGUUCCAGCUGCCAGCCACAUCCGACCUCGACGCAAUCACCGGACGGUACAACGCCAACGUGCUCACGCUCACCGUGCCCAAGCUGUCUUCCGCCCCGCCCAAGGGCAAGGAGGCCUCCAACUCGAGCGACGUCGGCGACCAACCAACGGAUAAGAAAUCCAAGCUUAGCCGGGAGGCGGAGCGGCUGAUCGAGGCGGCCAUGGCAAGGUUGCAGGGGAGACACAAGCAGGAGACGGCCAAGGAGCAAAGCAGCAAGGAACCCCCGGCCACCAAAGUGGACCAGAGGGAAAAGGAGCCCAAGGCAGAAAAGGUGGUGAAAGGAGAUGAUGGUCAGGACGGCAAGGCCAAGGCCGCGGCCGCUCCUCAACACAAGGAGAAGCUCGAGUGUGAGACGACGCAGAGACAGAGGGAGAAGAAAGGCUGCUGGAAGGAGCGGGCGGCAGAGGAGGGGUUCAAGUGGGCGGAUGCCAUAGGUAAGAACAAGGAGGUGAUCGCCGCCACCGCCGUUGCUGCCUUCACGCUAGGCGUCUUCGUCUCCCAUAGGCUCUUCUCCAGAAACUGAAGAAACUGAAAAUGCAGCCGCCUUCACGCUAGGCGUCUUCGUCUCCCAGAGGCACUUCUCCAGAAACUGAAAAUGCUCUUCCCCAGAUAUAUACGUGAGGAAUAAAUUCUCGUGGAUAAUAAAGAGUUUAAUGAUACUAUCACAUACGUACAUGACUAAAACAUACUGUACAUGAAACUUAAAAAUAAAAUGGAACUAUCACAUGCUCCCUCCGUCCAACAAGUAUUUCAGGAUGGAGGGACUACAUGACCAAAAUACAUACUCGCAUGGCCAUCUUAUUUUUCAUAUUCCUGCAUUUUCAUGAUUUAUUUCUUUUUUUUCCUCCACGAGGCUUGGGAAAAUACACAAUAAUUAACGACGAUGCCCAACAAUUUCCAUGCCCUUUCUAAGCUGCACAAGUUACAUUUUAUAAUAAUGGAGUAAAAGAGUUUUGCCAACAAGCCAUUUGAUAUCUUGGGUGUACAUUUUACAUUGCCAACAAACUGCACAAAUAGUGCCACCCACUACGGAAAUAAACAUCAUUUAUUUAGUUUACCGUACAACUGCGCCUUUUAUUUUGCUACAAAAA